AUGCAUAUACUGUUAGUGAACGAUGAUGGACCACCCUCUCGGCGAUUGUCCCCAUAUGUCCGGCCGCUCGUCAACACCCUCCAAGAUGCAGGCCAUCUCGUCUCAGUGGCCAUCCCCGCCGCCUCACGCUCCUGGAUCGGCAAAGCGCAUAUCAUCGAAGCCCCGUUGAAAGCUACCUACGUGCCCCCCAACGCCUUCCGAAACGACGGGACCUGGGACGAGACAUAUACCCCUUCAGAGCAAGAAAAACAAGAUCAAGCUCAAGGGAAAUCAGAACCCGAAUGGGUCGUUCUCACCAACGGCACCCCCGCCAGCUGCGUGCAACUCGGCCUCUUCAAUCUCUUCACCGACCGUCCCCCUGUUGACCUCGUAAUCUCAGGCCCCAAUCACGGCCGCAAUGCCUCAACCAUCUACAACCUCGCCUCUGGAACCGUAGGCGGCGCCCUCGAGGCCGCAACGUGCGGGAAGCGUGGGAUUGCCGUUUCCUUCGGGAGCAAGGACGAGCAGCCGAUGGAGAUAAUUCAGGCUGCUGCGCGAUUGGCUGUGAAAAUCAUCCACCAUCUAUACAAGAACUGGGAUGAGCGCGUGGAGCUGUACAACCUAAAUAUCCCCAUGCGCGAAGACGUGGAGAGCAGACCCGUGCUCUACACGCGGACGCUACCGUACUACUGGUCCCACGGUUGCCUAUAUGCCGAGGUUGAGAAGCCGGAAACGAAUGGCAUCAAUGGAACGACGAAUGGUCAUCACGCUCAGAACGGGGAUACCCUCUCCAACGGCGUCAACGGUGUCAAUGGCGUAACCAACGGAGUGCCGGCAGCAGCAACCACCAACGGCGUCAAGCCCACCACUACCACCACGACCUCCUUGCGGCAGCGCGACUUCAAAUGGUCCGCCCAGCUGACAGACAUGAAAAAGGCCCUGCAGGCCAGUGAAGAGGGCACAGACGCACAUACCGUGUUGAACGGAAGCACCAGUGUCACACCUCUUUGCGCAAAUUUCGGUUACGUGCCUGGGUUCGGAGGGCCCUUGAACCUCUGA